CUAGUGGACGGUGUGUGUCGCUUGUUGCGGCAGCAAGUUAGAAUAGAAUAGAAAUUUAAAAUAAAAGAGAGAAUUGGGAAAUAGUAAUUGAAAAAUAAAGAGACUUUGGCGGCACCACUCCACACAUUCCCUUCCCAUUUUCCUGCAAAAUCAAAUAUACUCUCUCCCUUUUUCUCUUCAUAAGAGUGGGUAAAGUAGAAAGCGAAGAGUAUGGGAGCUUUUUCAAAUGAAGAACUCACUUUCUCUUCCAAUUUCAAUUUCACUUCUCCUCAAGAUCUCAGAUUCUCUAAGCAAAUCCAUGAUAACGUACACGGCAACAUCUAUAUUGAUCCCCUCUACUUGAAGUUCAUUGACACAGAACAAUUUCAAAGGCUUCGUGAACUUAAACAACUAGGUGUGGCACACAUGGUCUAUCCAGGAGCAGUGCAUUCUAGAUUUGAGCAUUCCCUUGGAGUCUAUUGGCUUGCCAACGAAGCUGUCCAUAAGCUUAAAACCCAUCAAGGAAUGGAGCUUGGAAUUGAUCACUUUGAUAUACAAACAGUGAAACUUGCUGGUCUUCUACAUGAUAUUGGACAUGGACCUUUUAGUCACUUGUUUGAACGUGAAUUUCUUCCUCAAGUUUGCACUGGAUUGGACUGGUCUCAUGAACAAAUGUCUGUGGAUAUGAUUGAUCACAUUGUUGAUGAGCAUCAUAUUGAUAUCGGUUCAGGAACCAUUAAAAAGGUCAAGGAAAUGAUUCUUGCUAGUUCCAAGCUUGCGUUGACAAAAAGUUCAAGGGAGAAGCAGUUCUUAUAUGAUAUUGUGGCAAAUGGUCGAAAUGGAAUCGAUGUAGACAAGUUUGAUUACAUCGUCCGAGAUACCCGAGCGUGUGCUCUAGGAUGCAAUUUUCAGUUCCAUAGGUUAAUGGAGACAAUGAGAGUCCUGGGAGACGAGAUAUGCUAUCGAGCCAAAGAUUAUUUAACCAUUCACAAGUUAUUUGCCACACGAGCUGAUCUACACAGAACUGUUUAUACCCAUGCUAAAGUGAAGGCAAUUGAGCUUAUGGUUGUAGAUGCACUAGUGAAAGCAAAUGAUUAUCUACACAUAGCUUCCCAUAUAGAGCAUCCUUCUCAAUACUGGAAGAUAGACGACACCAUUUUAAAAACCAUUGAGACUGCUCCAGAUCCAGAAUUGAAGGAAUCUAGGGAUUUGAUCCUCCGCGUUCGAAGAAGAGAUUUGUACCAGUUCUGUAAUGAGUAUGUUGUCCCAAGAGACAAAAUAGAGUAUUUCAAGGAUGUCACGGCACAGGAUAUUGUCUGCUCGCAGAAAAGUAGCAGCGAGAGACUUAGUGAAGAGGAUGUUGCUGUGAGCAAUGUCAUGAUAGAUCUGACUCAGGGGAGGCAUAAUCCACUUGAAAGUAUCCAUUUUUUCAAGGAUUAUGAAAGUGACGAGAAGUUCUCUAUACCUGAAGAUCGCAUCAGCCACUUGCUGCCAUCAUCAUAUCAAGAUAUGAUUGUGAGAGUGUACUCCAAAAAGCCCCACCUGGUGGAACCUAUUUCUGACGCAUUUGAAAAUUUCCAGUUAAAGACUUAUGGAAUAAAAGCACAGGUUCAUGCAACACCAGAGAAGAAAAAACGCCGUAUAUGAUAUUUACCCCGGUCAUCACUACGAAAUAUAUUCUACAGUAGAUAUAUUUGAUUGUAGUAUAUCUCAAGCAACUACAUAUUUCUGCCAAUUUGUACAGAAGUCUAAUUGACACUCUCAAUAGUUAUAUAAGAGUUUUUGUAGAAAGUUGCUACCCUUUACUCGAUUUGAUAAUAUCCUUGCAGUACUCUCAAUAAUUUUAUGUAUCGAAACGUUACUCGAAAAAUAGAUUCUUGACUUCUGUAUAUUGCAGAGGCGCAUUCUUCCA